CCCGGCUGGCGGCAGUGUUUUGGGCGGUGACGUCAGCGCGCCUGCGCCGGGGCUUCUGGGAAGCCAAUAUAGGCACAACAGCCAUUUUCGGCUCGCGAGCGGCUGUCAGUGCGGAGAGCGAGCCAGUCGCGCGCAGCGGAGCAGUCGGGAUGCCGGUUCCUCGCGACAGCUUGGUCGUGUGAAAAGAACAACAACAACAACAGCGGCGACCACGCACGGACACGGACACGGACACGGGCGUCUUUCUUUUCCCAAGAAAAGACCCUGACGUGCACACGAGUGGCGGGGGGACACGGCUCCGAUAACCUUUCUCCCGACCCCCCUCUCCCUCCUCCUCCUCCUCCUCCCCACGCUGCGUGGAUCCGUCCCGUUAGGAAUGAGCCCGCCGUGCCGGAUGCGGCAGUAGAACGAGCGAGAGCGCAGAGGUGCGGACACGCAGGGCAGAGACCCGGCGCGGGGGGCAUAUCUCGGACUGGGGGGCUUCCUCGCGUGCUUGCCUGUGCGGGACGGAGGGGGGGGCGCGGCGCUGCUUGGACAGCCGACCCGGACAGGACCGGCGGGGCCGAACCUCGGAGACUGGACCUGCACCGCCAGCCCGCUUUCCGGGCCCCUCGGAUGCGGCAGGUGUCGGGGGACCGAGCCGGCGAGCUGAGCUGAGCUGAACCGAGCCGAGCCGAGCCUUCAGGGGACGGGACGACACCGGCGCCUCAGGGGGCGAGAAUCAGGGCUCGGCGGCCUGUGUCGUGAGGGAUGUCCGCCAUGGUGCUGCCCCGGGACGAGCCUCUGGAGCGCCUCUCGCAGGACGAGAUCGUGCUGAGCACCAAGGCGGUGAUGCAGGGGCUGGAGACGCUGCGCAGCGAGCACGCCGCCCUGCUGGCCGCGCUGCUGGACGGGGUGGCGCUGCCGGACGGCUCCCAGCUCCCCGCGGCGCAGGAGAAGUCGGGGCUGCUGCGCAAGAGCCUGGACGCCAUCGAGCUGGGGCUGGGGGAGGCGCAGGUGCUCAUCGCCCUGUCCAGCCACCUGAGCGCGGUGGAGGCGGAGAAGCAGAAGCUGCGGGCGCAGGUGCGCCGCCUGUGCCAGGAGAACCAGUGGCUGCGGGACGAGCUGGCGGGGACCCAGCAGCGCCUGCAGCGCAGCGAGCAGAGCGUGGCCCAGCUGGAGGAGGAGAAGAAGCACCUGGAGUUCAUGAACCAGAUCCGCAAGUUCGACGACGACGUCUCCCCCUCGGAUGAGAAGACCAGCGAGGCCCCCAAGGACAGCCUGGAUGACCUUUUCCCCAACGACGAUGACCAGGGCUCAGAGCCCCCCGCCCCACAGCUCAACACCCUGGCCCUGGUGUGCAGGGACCAGAACAAGUACAAGGAGGCGGCCCACCUGCUGAACGACGCGCUGGCCAUCCGGGAGAAGACGCUGGGCAAGGACCACCCCGCCGUGGCGGCCACCCUCAACAACCUGGCGGUGCUGUACGGCAAGCGGGGCAAGUACCGCGAGGCCGAGCCGCUGUGCAAGAGGGCGCUGGAGAUCCGCGAGAAGGUCCUGGGGAAGUACCACCCGGACGUGGCCAAGCAGCUGAACAACCUGGCGCUGCUGUGCCAGAACCAGGGCAAGUACCAGGAGGUGGAGUACUACUACCAGCGCGCCCUGGAGAUCUACCAGGCCAAGCUGGGCGCCGACGACCCCAACGUGGCCAAGACCAAGAACAACCUGGCCACCUGCUACCUGAAGCAGGGGAAGUUCAAGGACGCGGAGUGCCUGUACAAGGAGAUCCUGACCCGCGCGCACGAGAAGGAGUUCGGAUCGGUCAAC